AUGAUGGCUCUGGAUGUGUUGGAACUUUCUGAAAGAAAAAACGACAUGGUUUAUGUAGUUUUUAUGUCCAAUUUUUUAUACUCCACGCAUUCAUUAGUUGCCAUUAAGGAGAUUAAUGAUAUGAAAACAACUUUCUACACAGUUGGACAGUGGACUCCAAGAGAAUCAUCUUCUCGGGAUACUUUGAUUUCUGAAGCUCAGUUAUCGGCAACCGAUGGGCACUGCGAUAUGAAUGUCAUGGCAACUUAUUUGCUCGGCGUGUUGGCCUACGACGCCCCUUCCGUCAAUGAUGAUAGGCUGGUAUCUGUAUCUACCGGCAGUGCACCAGGUGUGGCCGUGGCCGAGACGAAGAAAGAAGAGAAAGUUUGGAGAAAGAAGAAUCCGACGAUGAUAUGGGCUUCAUCCUCUUGGACUAGAUGGAUGGAUCAUGAGACAAUGACAAAGAAGGCUUGGCAGGACAAAGAUUAUGAUGUUGCAACCAUUAUCCCAUCUUCAAUCACCACCUCCACGCCACCGUCGCCGGCGACCCACCUCCACUCCACCGUCGCCGUCCCUAGCCAUAGCCGCCGUGGUCUAACCCGUUCGCACCAAUCCCGCACCAGCUCGAGCUCGCGCGGUUUUAGUCCAGACCCGCGACUGUACGGCCCGUCUCAGCCCCAGCUCGCUCACGCUGGAAAAUCGCGAGCCCGCUGCCGUUCGUUGCUGCCCACGCCGACGAACCACCGUAUUUUAGCUCCCCCACGCGACGAACCAGCCGCUGCUCACUCGACCCGCCGCGAGUCGCCGGAAAAAUCGCGAGCCCAGCCGCCGGCGCGCCUCCAGAGCUCACCCUCGCCGGAAAAUCGCGUCCAGCUCCCUCCACGCGCGCCAGAACCGACCCCAUCGACCCGGUUACGCGCGACCCUGCACCCAACUCGCCAGAUCCGCGACUCAGCCGAGUUGACCUGCUCCAACUCGCUCAGAACCGACCCGCCUGACCCGGUCCGACCCGAACAGCAUCAAAACCGACCCGGCUGUUCCAAACUCGACCCGGGGCUCGGAACUAGCACUUCUACGGAGGGGAAAGAAUAUUUUCAAGCUCUUGAAAAGCACAAAAAAGAUUUUCUAUGGUUGGAUGAGAAGGACAAUGAUGCAAUUGAGCUAGCAUUCAGUAAGGACAAGAUACAAGCCAGGAAAAAAUGGCUCCAAAAAUACGAGCCUGGCACAUUUCUUGAUCAAAAAGAAAAGCAUGUAAAGUACAAUGACUUUGUCAACAAGGAGCUCAUUCAAUUCUCAGCUGCCGAUCUCAAGAGAUCGAUUCCUUGUAUGGUUAACGGCUUAAAACCGGGCCAAAGGAAAAUUCUUUUUAGCUGUUUCAAGAUUAAUAUAAAAGAGAACGGUGCACCUAGCGUUUCAUUUCCGGCCGUCCCCGCGCGGCAAUUUUCGCCGGGCGAAUCGCAAGGCGAUUUGUCGCCGCUCUCAACCCCGAUCGCCGGCGACCAAACCCAGCAGCCGCGCCCGACCGCUCACCACCUCGCUACUUCCACAUGGAGCGUUCCCCCUUGCGAGCUGCGACACCCGAGCUCCAACCGAACUCACUUCUGGCGACCGUUUUCCCUCCGCGUACAACUUCGUCCGACGACCCCAAGUUCAGAGCAGCAAACCUUGAGCCGUGGCUCUCGAUUUCCGACCGGCGACCCCUAUUCACGAAUCGCGUCCCCUGCAUUCGUACCUCCUCUCAGUCGGUGUCCUCGAAUCUCCGAGCUCUGCGAAGCAAGCUCAGCAGCUGAAACUCGACGGGCCUUGACCUCGGUUCCUCAGUUCUCCGGCGAAUCAAGCUAUAUUUCCGGCCACUCUGAGCUCUCACCGCUGAUUUUCGGCCAUAUCCUCGAGCUCCUCCCGACACCCAAAGUCCGACCCCCGUAG